GUGCUCUUUCUCUUUCUCAAUCUUACAACUCAUAUAUAAAAUAACAAAAUAAUGGCAAGCUCUAAGGAUCCACAGGUCCUUCCUUCCACUACACAGCUUCAGACGGUUGGAUAUGAUUUGCCAGCCUACGAUGCCCUUGCCCAGAUCCUCUCAGAAUAUCAGCACAUCUUCAAAACACCCAAAGCUCCUCAGCCAAGUAAGGGAGGACCAAAAGAACAGAAGAAGGCUAAGAGGUCCUUAGAGCUCAACCAAACAUUUGAAAUCAAUUCUCCACAUGAGAGACUUCCUGUGAUUAAUGUUCAGGAUGACGAUCCACAUGUUGCAGAAAUUACUGAACACCAGACAAAAGAGCUGGAGAACUAUCGUUCUGCAAUGUGUAAGAUGGCUGAGGACAUCCUCUCUCUGCGCUCUCAGGUGGCCAGUCUGGAGGAACAGAACAGUCAACUUCGCAGCGAGCUCUCUAUGAACCAGGAACUAGGACGCACACUGUUGGAUGACACUGACAUUGACGUCAUGACCAAAGCUGAGAUUGUAGACAGAAUAAUUUCUCUAAAGUGCAAGCUGGCUAGUGAGAGCAGUAAGGCAGCAGAUCAGAGGGAAAAGAUCCAGCAGCUACAGAAUGAGCUCAUCAGGAAGAAUGAUAGUGAGAAAGAACUGGUGCGACUUCAGCGAGUGCACCAACAACAACAGGCUGUGCUGCAGCGCUACCAAGGACAGAUCAAGAAGCUCUCAAUUCUGGAGGCAACAAUUCGCCAACAGGAGAAGGUUAUUGAAAGAAUGGAGAAGGUGCUGUCAACAAAGCUGAGAGAGAGAAAUAAAGAAAAUGCAGGGAGGAAGAAGAAGGUUUUGAAAGAAAAAGAUUCAGAGGAGAGCAGAAUGAGAGAGAUUGAGUCUAUACUGGCUACAGAAAACUCACGCUUAAGAGCAGAACUGGAAAGACUUCGCCAACAGCCACAGCCUAUUAUCAUACAACAACCUGCACAGCAGCAUUUUCCAGACAAUGAGAAGCUAAGACUGUUGGAUCAGCUAGAGAGAGCGGAGGCCUGCAUCCGUACUUUGAGUAAACAGCUGGAGGAGAACGCCAGGAAAUGGGGGAAAGAAAAGCAGGACAUGUUGACGAGACUCAGUGAAUACAGUCAUGGAUUUGCUCAUACAUCAACUUUGCAUCAUCUGCCACUGGUCAUUACACAACCGUGACCAAUUGUAUUUGUUCAUGUGAAACCCAAAGGACACAAUACAGAGAAUUAAUACGAUUAUAAUAU